AUGAAAUGUAUCCAACCUCGGUGCCCUCCAAACUCUACAUUUCCAUUCUCAAUCGGACAACCACUUCUCAAUAUUACCAAAGAGAUGAGAUGCGUUCAAGGAUUGAAUCUUUGGAGAAAUAGCUCUAGAGAGGUAAAUCAUGAGAUUUUCAGCGGUUAUCGGAGAGGAAAUUCUGAUGGGAUGAUAAAUGAGUUCGCUGCAGCAUACGAUCUCUUGGACACAAAUAUGACUAACUUCAAUGUUAAUAUAUGGUAUAACGCAACAUACAAGGAUGGAAAAAAUGGUAGGCCUAUUAAGUUGGUCCGAGUUCCCGGUUUAGUCAAUUUGGUGUCAAAUGCUUAUCUUCAGUAUUUGCGCGGCCCGAGGACAAAGAUAUUGUUUGAGUUUGUCAAAGAAAUGCCGAAACCAGAAACUAAACUUCGUUUAGACAUUGCGUCUCUAAUCGGUCCCAUUUUCUUCACAUGGGUUAUUCUUCUUCUGAGUUCUGAUGCCUGUGAUCUUGACCUCAUUGGUCUACGAGAAGCAGCAACAUCUGAUAAUCAUAAUGAAAAUGCAUGGCCUAGGAGAUGGUCCAUAUUGGAUGAUUUCCUACGACUGAAGUUCUUCCGGCUUAACGACUACAGCUUCCAGUUCAUUUGCUAUUUUCUCUACAUAAAUCUUCAAAUCUCUCUUGCCUUUCUAGCUUCCUCAGCAUUUUCAAGAGUUGAGACAGCAUCAGGUACCGAAGUCAAAACGUUUUCAAAUGUUGCUCGGGAAAAUGUUGGUGCUAAAAGUUACACUCUCUGUUAA